AUGUCUAUAUCCACGACCGAAACAGACAAUUUCAAACCAGUCCACACCCUAGUUUCCACGCCGGUCACCAUAGUUUUGACCGGUGGUCUUCUCUUCAUCAUUCUCACCGGUUUCUUCUCCUUUUUCUACUGUGGAUCGCUUCUCAGAAAACUCUUAAGCAUUUGGAACAACCAUCGAAACCGUAACCGUCCCAGUAACCUAAUACAACCGUCUACUCCACCUGAAAACACCGGACUCGACUCCAAGAUCAUUCAAUCCUUCCCGGAGUUUCCUUAUUCGGUGAAAGAUCGUGGGAUGGACCAAUGUUCCAUUUGUUUAUUAGACUUCAUGGAUGAUGAUACCAUGAGGCUCAUUUCCACUUGUAACCAUUUCUUUCACACAAUCUGCAUUGAUCUUUGGUUCGAAUUACACAAGACUUGCCCGGUAUGCCGAUGUGAGCUUGAUGUAGACCGGACCUCGCUAGAAAAGCCACCCAAUGUUCCUGAAACCGAUCAGGUUAGAUCUGAAAGCCAUGAUGAUGAGCCUUUGUCGCAUGACACAUUAACAAUCAUCGUCCAUGAGGAGCAUCCUACGACAACUACUAUUAGUAGUUUAGAUCAAACAGACGAAAUCGAAGGCUAUGAAAGACGAAUGAAGGAGUCAAAUUUGCGGUUCUGGAGGUCACACUCAACUGGACAUUCUAUUGUUGUGAAGACCGAAAAUGAACAAGAAGCAGAAGAACAAGAAAAAGAAGAAUUUAAGAUACGUAUUGAGAUAUCUGGAGAAUGUCAAUUUGAAGAUCACAAGAGGACAUUACCAAACAGGAAUAUGUAUUGCGUUAGGGGAACUUACUCAGUUGGAUAAAGCUGAAGAAUCUGAACUGGCUUAGGCUAAUAUAAUCAUUUUAUUAGAUCCAAAAUGUGUUGGUCUCAAUAGUCCAGUUUUGUAAUUUUUAUUCCAUAGGUUAUACAAAUAUGAAGAUGUUGAAGAUUGUUGUAAUGUGUGUACUCAAACUCUCAAUUUUCCAUGUACUUGAAUACAAAAAAAAACUAGAGAUGUUUUUU